UUUUUAAUAGCUAAAAGAAAUAAUAGCCUACGUCUAAUGAAUAACAUACAAAAAAUCAACGCGGUCAUACUUCGUAAUUCUAAUAUCCCUCCCAAUUAUAAAACAUUUAAUAAAAAGUUUAAAGGCUAUAAAAUAUUAUCGUUAUUUAAUCUAUACUCCGGAUAUAAU